AUGACGCUUGAUAAAUCAAUCCGCAUAGGCGUAGACGUCGGUGGCACAAACACCGAUGCAGUGGCCGUCGAUAUGGCCCUCGCUUCCCGAGGCCACCCAGAGCGAGGCGUGCUUGCCUUCAAGAAGACGCCGACUACCCCAGAUGCCACCUCCGGCAUCGAGACGGCCGUGCGGGCCGUACUGAGCUCGGCCGAAGGUGCAGGCGGCAUCAACCCGGAGCGCAUCGCCAGCGUCACCGUGGGUACCACCCACUUCAUCAACAGCGUGGUGGAGAGGGACUCGCGCCGCCUGCAAAAGGUCGCCGUCAUCCGGCUCUCGCGCUCGUUCCUGCGCGAGGUUCCACCAUUUGCCGACUUCCCGGAGGACCUGGCGGCCAUAUUGAAUGGCUACUGCGGCAUCGUGGACGGGGGGCUGCACAUUGACGGCUCGCAGGAGGCGCCGCUGAGGGAGGCGCAGGUUGUCGCCGAGUGCCAGAAGAUCAAGGCGCUGGGGUUGACAGCCGUGGUGGUGGCGGGGGUCUUCUCGCCCAUCGACGAGACCUUCCAGCAGGAGAACCGUGCGAGAGAAAUCAUCCUCCGUGAGCUGCCGGGCAUCGACGUGGUCUGCUCGCACGAGGUGGCGAAUAUAGGGCUGCUGGAGCGGGAGAACGCGAGUAUCUUGAACGCGGCCAUCCUCAGCUACGCGAGGAGGACGGUGGGGCGGUUUAGGCUGGCCAUGCAGAGGCUGGGCCUGUCGUGCCCACUGUUCAUCACCCAGAACGACGGUACCAUAUUGGACUCUUUCUCAGCCGCCAGGAUGCCCAUCAAGACCUUCUCUUCAGGUGCGACCAACUCUAUGCGCGGCGCUGCGUACCUGUCUGGGCUCGAUGCGGGCGGCAGUAGGUCUGCUGUUGUGGUUGAUAUCGGAGGCACCACAUCCGACGUGGGUGUGAUCCUCGCCAGUGGUCUCCCGCGGCAGGCUUCCGCCUACGUCACUGUCGCAGGAGUAAGGGUGAAUUACUCGAUGCCUCACCUGCAUUCCAUCGGCCUUGGUGGCGGAUCUCUCGUGCGAGAGGUGGAAGGCAGGGUGCGAGUUGGGCCAGAGUCUGUGGGGCACUUCCUUACUGAGGAAGCACUGGUGUUUGGUGGCCAGACCUGCACAGCCUCGGAUAUCGCAGUGGCGCUGGGAAGGGCAGAGAUGGGUAAGGCGACCGCAGUGAGGCAUCUCAGCGAGGACUUCAUCAAUUCUGCGCGAGACCGCAUCAAGACUCUCCUCGACGGCGCUAUCGACGUGGUCAAGACGUCUGCAGACCCGAUUCCCGUGCUGCUCGUAGGCGGAGGUGCCGUGCUGGCCCCUGAGGAGAUUGCCGGUGCGUCUGAGGUUGUCCGGCCCCCCUUCCACGACGUCGCGAACGCGGUGGGGGCGGCCAUCUCGAGGGUGUGCGGAAGCGUCGACAUCGUCCAGAACACGAGCCAGCAGACCGAGGCACAGGCCAUCCAGCGCGCCAAGGACCUGGCGGUGCAGCGCGCAAUAUCGGCGGGAGCUGUCGAGAGUAGCAUCUCGAUCGCGGAAGUGGAAAGUAUGCCGCUGCAGUACGUCACGAAUCAGGUCCGGACCAUCGCCAAGGCAGUCGGAGACAUCGACUUCAGGGCUCCCGUGCUCGACAACGCGGCGGACGAGGAUCUGUCCGGUAUCGACGACAGAAUCGAGGAGCACAAGAACCUAAAUAUCAAGACCCUUGACGCCCAAAAGGUUGACCCGUUUGCUUAUAAGCCCCUGAUCGAGAAGAAUGCGCAGGGCAUACCGGAGUGGCUUCUCAGCGAGACUGAUCUGGCUUGGCUUGCAGAUGGCUGUUACGUGCUUGGCUGCGCGGGUGGAGGCAGCCCUGCAGCAAGCGUCCUUCAACUUCGCGACAUACUCAGGGCCGGCCACAAGAUCCGAAUAAUAGACCAGUCCUCUUUGAGAGACAACGCCCUCAUCUACUGGGGCGGUCACAUGGGCUCCCCUGCCGUCUCAGUAGAGAGGCUGCAGGCGCUCGAGACGGUCCAGGCGUUCGAGGUUCUCAUGGAGUACCUGGGCCAUGACAAGUUCGACGCCGUGAUGGGGCUAGAGAUCGGUGGCGCGAAUGGGAUGGAGCCCAUGCUGGUCGGCUCUUCAAAGUUCUUCGACAGCCCCAUCAUCGACGGCGACUGGAUGGGCAGGGCCUACCCGACCUACUGGCAGACGACCCUGGCCGUUCACGUCCCACUUGAGCUUUGCCCCUGCGCCAUAGACUCGGGGGACGGCAAAAGUAUAGUCAUGACGCGGGCUCCCGAUGAUGAAAUCGUCGAUAGAGCACUCAGAGCGUCGUGCUCUGAGAUGGGCAGCCGUUUGGGCAUGGCCGCCAAGCCCACGACGACGGAAUACGUUAGAAAAUACGGCGUGCUCAACACGUGCUCCCUGGCUUGGAGGAUAGGCAGAUGCAUUGCGAGGUGUGAAGCUAGCAGCACCCUUUCGACAGUCGCCGAGUCGAUCAUUGACGAGGCAGGUGGCCCAGGUGCUGCGAAGGUACUGUUCAGGGGUAAGAUCGUGGCGGUGGAGCGCCGUCUUGUCAAGGGGCACUCGUACGGUACUGUUCACAUCGCCACUUUUGAAGGCAACGACUUGGACGAUGAGGCUUGCAGCUCCUCCACGACUAGGUCGACCGCCUUGGCGUCUGGAGGCACUCUCAAGAUCCCCUUCAAGAACGAGAACAUCUUCGCAGAGCACACCGCUGCGGACGGCACCACGCAAGUGAUAGCUUCGGUGCCAGACCUCAUCGCAAUCCUGGACAAUGGCUCCGGCAGGGCGCUCGGUGUGCCUGAGUUCAAGUAUGGAUACCGCGUGACUGUGAUUGGAAUUACAUGUUCACCGCGGUGGACAGAGGUGCCUGCAGGUCUCGAGAUUGGCGGCACAAAGGCAUUUGGAUACGACGACAUUGAGUAUCGGCCUCUGGGGAAAUACGUCGAGCCCAAGAGCGUGAUAGCAGAGUACGGUCUUGCCUAG